AUGGAGUCUGCAGCAUCGACAACAGCGGAGAGGGAUUGGCAGCAACUGCAGCAGCUGCAGCAGCUGCAGCAGCAACUGCAGCGUGAAGAUGCAGCAACUGCUGCAGCUGAGGGUUGCAAGAGGCAGCAGCUGCUGCUGCAGAUAAAGCGGCAGCUGCAGCAGAGGCAGCUGCCACUGCAGCAGCUGCUGCAGUGUGUACAUGAUCUUGGUCAUCUGCUGUUUGCUGCUGGUGCUGCUGCCUUUAGAAGAGGUGGGCAGCCGCUGCUGCUGCUGCGAGACACCCAAGCAGCAGCAACAGAGCAACAGCAGCUGCUGCAGCAGCGGCUCGAGCUGCUGCAGCAAGAAGACUCUUCAGGGGCUGCUGCGCCAAGGCCUGCUACAGCAGCAGCAGCAGCAGCAGCAGCUGCUGCUGCUGCUGAGGAGGAAGAUGGCUCCCGCUGCCCUUAUAGUAUAUUGGGGGGAUCGAUCCCCUCGCAGUGUAUUGUGCUGCUGCUAGAUCUGGUGCUGCAGCAGCAGCAGCACGCCCUUGUGCGUGCUGAGGUGUAUAGGCAACUUCAUCGUUGCAGCCAUUUGCUGCCUGCCUUGCUUCUGCCCACCCAAGAAGCUGCUGCUGCACUUGUGAGGCAGCAGCUGCUGCGGCUACUGCAGCAGCAGCAGCAGCAGCAGCCACGGCUUAUUGGCCUCGCGCUGCUGCGCAAGGUACCUGCUCUUGUGCUGCAGCAGCCACACUUCUUGUGGCUGCUGCUGCAGCACCUCAUAGGCUAUUCAGGUGUAUCUUCACCUUCUGCUGCAGCAGCAGCGGCUGCUGCGGCUGCUGCUGCUGUGCGCAGCUCGUCACCAGCUGCUUCUGGUGCCAACGAAUCGCCACGCCGCAGCAGCAGCAGCAGCAGCAGCAGCACUGGCAGCAGCACCAGCAUGCAGCUGUACAUUCCUACUUCCGCGCAUGCAGCAGAAGCAGCUUCUGCUCUUGCUGCUGUUGCUGCAGUUGUCCCUUAUCUAUCAGGAGACUUAUGUGUCUCCUUGCUGCGGCUAUGUCUUGCUGCUGUCUUACCGUCUCCUGCUGCAGCAGAGCAGCAGCUGCUGCUGCGGCAGGCGAUGCUGCUGCAGCGGCGAUCUGUGUCUAUGGGUGAUACCCCUUCAGGUACCGAUCUGCUGCUGUUGCUGCAGCAGCAACAGCAGCAGCAGCAGCUGCAGCAGGAGGACCUCCAGUGUCUUACGCUGCGCUCGCUGCCUCCGUUAGCCAAUCGAUUGUCUCUUCUUGCUGCUGCCUUUGGCUGUGUCUCCCCGCUGCUCCCUGCUGUGGCUGUGUGGUCUCUGAGGGUGCUGUGGGCCUUAGCCAACAGGUCUGCUCAGCUGCUGCAGCAACUGCAGCAGCAACAGCAGCAACAGCAGCAGCAGCAGCAGCAGCAGCAGCGCCGUCAUAGUUGGGAGGAGCCCUUCUUAUGUGUUAUUGGUAGCUGCAUGCGCGCAGCAACACAACUCGCCCUCACCAAUCCUUUCUUGGCUCCUUUGCAGUCCUCUCCGCCUCGCUCUGCUGCAGCCGGAGCAGCAGUGGCUCGCCGGCAGCAGCAGCAACAGCAACAGCAGCAGCUGGAGCUCUGCAGCAGCACACCGGAAAGCAGCAGCAGCAGCAACAACAGCAGCAACAGCAGCAGCAGCAACAACGAUCACUGGAAGAAGCUGCUUAAAGCUCGCCUGGCUCGUGCUGCUGCCUCGAGAGGUGCGGGGGCAGGUAGAGAUACUGCAGCAAGCGCAGGAGCAUCUGCUGCUGCAGGUACGCAGCAGCAGCAACAGCAGCAGCAACAGCAGCAGCAGCAGCAGCAACGCCAGCCUGCUCCUACAGAACCUUUAGCUCCUGCAUCAUCAGCAGCAAUCGAAGCAGCAGCUCUGUGUCUCCUUCCGCAAGAUGAGGUCUUGCGGUGGCUGCGUGCUGCUGCUGCUGCUGCAGAUGCUGCUGCUGUUGCUGCUCUUCUUGGCCUCCUUAGCGGAGCGCUGCAGCAGCAAGCCAGUUGCCCCUGCUGCCACUGCUGCAUGUCAGGACAUGCAGCGGGUGCAGCAGCUCCCUCCCAAGAAGAGCAGCAACAGCAACGAUCACAGCAGCAGCAGCAGCAGCAGCAGCAAUCAGAACAGCUAAAUGCAGCCGCGGCCCCGCAGGAGAAGCAAGGACAGAUGCAGCGCGACCUUCCGAUGGACAAUCCUGCUGCUGCAGCUGGCUCUGCAGCUGCAGCUGGCCCUGCUGCUGCUGCUGCUGCGUCAUCGUUACCACAAGUGCUGCAGCAGCAGCAGCAGCCAGCGCAGCAGCAGCCAGUGCAGCAGCAGCCAGCGCAGCACCAGCCAGUGCAGCACCAGCCAGCGCAGCACCAGCCAGCGCAGCAGCAGCAGCAGCAGGUGGAGCAGCAGAAGCGUGCAGAGGAGCACCAUCAGCAGCCUGAGGAGCAGCAUCAGGAUCCGGCGGAGCAGCAGCAGCAGCCAUCGCAGCUGCAACAGCCAUCGCUGCAGCAGCAAUCAUCGCUGCAGCAGCAACCAUCGCAGCAGCAGAAGCAGCAGCAGCAGAAGCAGCAACUGUGGCCGCAACAGGAAGAGGAUUGUCAGUCCGAGGAAGGAGAACUGUCUUCUACAGCAUCUCCUCCGGGGUCACCUGAGCAGCAGCCACAACCGCCGCUGCAGGAGGAACAACAGCAACAGCAGCAGCAGCAUCAACAACAACAGCAGCAGCAGCAACAACAACAACAAGAACAACAGAAAUCACAACAGUCACAACAGCAGCCGCAACAGCAAUCGCAACAACAGCAGCCGCAACAGCAACCGCAACAGCAGCCGCAACAGCAGCAGCAGCAACAGCAGUUGGAUGACCACCAACAGCAGCUACAGAAAGGAACAUUAGAAGACAAAGGCCCUUGUAAACGCAUGCGGGUGCAGCCUCCCUCCAGCAGCAGCAGCAGCAGCAACAGUAGCAGCAGUAGCAGCAGCACCAGCAGUAACAGCAGCAGCAGCGGCACCAGCAGUAACAGCAGCACCACCAGCCAACUGGGAUCACCUCCACAAGGGUCUGCUGGGACGGCUGCAGGCGUGAGUGACAGCCCAGCAGCAACUCGCGCAGCAGCAACUACUGGAGCAGCUGAAGACGGAGGAACAGCAGCAACAACAGCAGCAACAGCAGCAACGAAUGCCACGGCGUAUGACUGCUUUGCUGCUCAGACAUUGUUAAACCUUCGCUGUUGCCUUCUCCCUUUAGACGGGUUCGACAACAGUAGCAGCAGCAGCAGUGACAGCAGCAGCAGCAGCAGCAGCAGCAGCACCGAAAGUGUGGGAGAGCUGCUGCGGCAUUUGCUGCUGCCGCUUCUGAUAUCGCUGCAGCAACCUCUGCCAGUCCGCGUCCUUGCUGCUAUUGUGUCCUGCCAGUUCGUAGCACAGCAGCAACAACAGCUUUUGUUGCAGCAGCAGCACCAGCAGCAGCAGCAACAGCAGCAGCAGCAACAGCAGCAGCAGCAACAACAGCAGCAGCAGCAGCAGCAACAGGAUUCUGGAGAGCAGCAAUCGAAGAUGAGCAGCAAAACUGAGGAUGAAAUGACAGUGCUUGUCUUUAAGGCGAUUGCCAGUUUGCUGCUCUUCUUGAGAGACGAAUGCAGCAGCAGCAGCAGCAACAGCAACAACAGCAGCAACAGCAGAAGUAGCAAGAGGGGCCGUUUGUCUGUCCAGACACCAGAGGGACAGAGAGAGGCGCUGGCACUUGCUGUUGCUGAGAGUCUUGCUUUGCUUUGCAUGCGCAAUCCCCUCUUGGCCUGCCGAGUAGCAGAAGAGUUGCUGCCUCCAGCACCAGCUGCUGCUGCUGCUUCUGCUGCUGCUGCUACCUAUGGCGUGCCGCAGCAGGAACCCCUACCGCUGCAGCAGCAACAGAUCCGCAUUGUGUCUCUUCCCCACGACGGGUCUCUUUCCCUCUCCUUGCUGCCUCUUCUCUCCUUAAAUGUGCUGCAGCAAACAGUGCUGCUGCCUGUGGUGUCUGCUGCUGCUGCUCCUGCAGCAGCUGCAGCUCAGUCGCUGCAGCAACAUUUCCGAAUCGACGCAGGUCAUGUCGAGUCUGUGCAACAGGAAGGGCAGAACAACAGCAACAACAACAGCAGCAGCAGCAACAGCACGACCUCCAACAAAGGCGGUGGCUGCAGCAGCAGCAGCAGUGGCGUGCUACUCGUGCUGCUAGAUCUUGAAUCUGCACAGCUGUCUAGACACCUCAAGAGCUGUUUUCUACCCGGUCUGCAGGGACCUCGCUGCCACGUGCUGCUGCAGCAGCAGCAACAGCGGCAGCAGACUGAUGGUUGUGUGUUCUGGGGAGUGACUCCAGCCGCAGCAGCGCAGCAGCAGCAGCAGCAGCAGCAAGGAACCACUGAUGCGCUGCAGCAGCACUUCCAAUGGAUCGGCACAUAUCGCUCGGCGCUGCUUCUGAUGCUGCAGCAGCUGCUGCAGCUGCACGGGAUUGCUUGGCCUGCUGCUGCUGGGGGUCGAUCUACACCUAAACCAGCAGCACCAGCAGCAGCUGCUGUAGCAGCAGCAGCAUCUGCUGCAGCUGCUGCGAUUACACACCCCUCGCAGAUGCCUAUCAACAUUGUGUACAAGGCAGCUGUUUGUGCUGCUAUCACGGGGCUGCAGCACGCUGCUGCUGCUGCUGCGCUGCAUGCACUAGCUUCUGCUGCUGCUGCUGCUGCCUCCCAGAGAUGGCUUAGUGCACUUGCUUGUGCUGUCGACGCGGAGGCCGCUGUCGUUGCUGCUGCUCCUGCAGAAGCAACUCUAGCAGCAGCAGCAGCACCAGCAGCAGCAUCAGGCACUGGUGACACAGCAGCAGAUGAAGAGACAGUUGCUGCUCUUGGUGCUGGAGUGCGAAAAGCCUUCUGCUGCUGGAGAGAGUCGCUGCAGCAGCUGCACCAGUGCCGCAGAAGCAGGCGCAUGCAGCUGCCGCGCAGCAGCAGCAGCCCGCCUCCCCUACCGCCUCUUGCUGCAUUCGUUGA